ACUGCCUUUAUUGAGGUCAAAGUUGAAGAUGAAAAUGAGGAUGGCGAACUUACCUUUGAAUUUGUGUCUAAACUAGAACUUGCUAAUUAUGAAAUUAAUAUAGUCGAAUUUGGAGGGGAAUCGAUAAAGUUAAGAUCAUUAAUAGAUCAAAUAGUUACCAAAGCUAAACCAGCACUAGAAAUUAAAAAAGAAAUUAUAGAUCCUAUCCUCUGGCAUGUAAAAAAUAAACCUCGUUCAAUAUGUGUAUUAAAGUCUACUCUUCAACAAUGUAGAAAAAAUAUUAUUAUUGAUUUUAUUGGUGAUAAAGUCUUAGGACCAAAGCUCUAUUAUGCAACAUCUGAUCUAGGAAAAAUUCUUGGAAAAUUCAACAGUCUUAUUCAAGAACCAAAAGUGUCUAUAGAAUGUAAAGGUCUUGAAUCUAUUCAUUUAAAAGAUUACUCAGCAUUUAUAGUUAUAAGCAACCAGGAUGCCCUGCUUAAAAUAGAUGCAGGAGAUGCUCAUAUAGUUUGUUUUGAUGUAUCUGCAUGCUGUAGAGUGAAUAUACCAUAUUUCAAACGUUUGGCUAAAAUACUAGAACAUCCUGACACACCAGAGAUAGUUAUGUCAUAUCUUCUUAAUCGUGAUCUUUCAAAUUGGGACCCACAAGAUAUUCCCAAUACUAAAAUGAAAACAGAUACAAUACUGGAGCAUCUUCUCAGCUCUACUCAAUUUAUAAUUGAUCAGUAUUGGGCAUGGUGUGAAGCUAAUGGUGAGAAACUAUUUAGUAAUAAUAUAUUAGGUAAAAAAUUUACACAUAUUAACAUCGAAAAUAAAUGUGCUAGUGCUGAGACAUCAACCACAGAUUGCAUUGAAAAAGGCAAGAAUUCAUCACCCAUACCUAUUCCAGCAGUUACUAAUAUAACCCAGAAUCUCUUCGAUUAUAUAACAGGUCAAUUGGAAUAUUCAGUUGCUUCAUUAUCCAAGACUACUGAUAUAUCCAUGACUCCUGAGAUCGAAUACUUAGAAUUCAUGAAUGAUAAAACAGAACCUUCUCCUAAGAUCAUUGAAGAACCAGAGAUUCGAGGCUAUGUCUCAUUAGUGAAUGAUAAGUCUAAGACCAAUAAUGAAGAAGCUAGCACCCAAUCGAAAACAUAUCUACCUGGAUAUAUAUCCCGAGCAGAAAGGAAGACGUAUUUAAGAGAAACUGUAAUUAAAUAUGGCGAAGACCCAGAUAAGUUCAUGACUAUAACUGAAGAGAAUAGAGACUUAAGAAGUAGGAAAAAUAAAACUAUAAAUUUGGUUGAAAGUAAUUGUAGAAUAGCAAUAACCAAGCCCUCAAAAAGUUUAGAAGAAGAGAUCGUCAGAGAGAAAGCAAAACAAAUCUUGCAAAAUAGAUAUAGGUUUAGUGAAGAUCAAGAUAAACUUAGCAUUAGAGAUGUAAGAGCUGAAGCUUAUGCCUUAGCCCUAUCAGCAAAAAAUGCUAAUGCUGGCUCAUCACAUCUCACUUGUCUUUGUAGAGAAUUAAGGAAUCUUAAUGCAUUACUUGAGAUAAUUGAGAGUGUCAUUCGGAAAAAAGCUGAAGCUAAACGUAUCGAUUAUCCAGAUGAAUUUACAUUAGAAUCAGUCAAAGAAAGAUUAGAUACGUAUAAUAUUAAAACUUUACCUGAUUGUCAGGCUCUUGCUGAUGUUAUGGUGAUGCUUUGUAUUCGUCCUGCUAAACUCAAAACUUUACGUAUUACAGAUGCUGAAGUGACAGGAUAUGCGAAGAAUCGAGGUCAGCUAGAUAUUCCUAGAAAAUUUAGAUCGAUGGAAAAGACUCAAGAACAAGCCAAAGAACUACUCACUUGGAUUCAGUGUGCUAUAUCAUCUGAACGAAUAGGUGAUCCAGGUAAGCUAGGAGUUAAAUGGUUCAAUAAAUUCUUAAAAGAUUAUGAUUUAAUUCCUAAAUAUUUACGUAAAUUAGGAGCAGUUUACGGUGCAGUAGCACAUGAGGCUAAGAAUAUGGUCCACGCUUAUACAAUUGCUGAAGAAUGUCUAUGUCAUUUAUCUGAUAAUCAUACUUCUCCUGUGCAAAAUUAUGUUGUAGUCAAUUAUAGAAAAAGAGUAAAAGCGUUAAUUGAUACAACAUCUAAAUAUAAUACUAUUAGCAAACACUUAUUCGAUAAGCUUGAAUCUGAUCAUGGAUUAGAAGGUAUAGUUAGUGAUGAUCUGAUAGGUGAAGAAAUAAAAGGCUUAGAUUUACAGUUUCACAUUAAAAGAAAGUGGCAAAGUUUAGGUGAUACUGAACUAAUAGACUUUCAAAUUCACAAAAAUCCAUUAUUCGAUCUAGUGUUGGGGCAAGAUUGGUUAUGGAUGCGUGAAGCAAAAAUAAGCUUUGGACAUUCUCCCAAAACCCAUGUCCGCUAUGCUAAAAUUGUAAUAGAUGGUAUGAGCAUCCCGUUAUUCGAUGAAGAUUUUAACAAAGCCAGCUUCACUAAAAAUAAUUUAUCUAAAUCAACGGAAUCUAAACCUGGUCUAGCUCAAGAAGAGAGUAAGAAAAAUAAUGUCAAAUAUUCCACAAAUGCUUCUUCUAAUUCAGACACUUCAGACAGCGAUUCAAGUAAUUCUUCCAUAUCUAGUUCAGAAAUAGAAGUUACACAUACGCAUAAGACUAGAGCAGUAAAGAAACGCCCUAUUCGAAAGCAUAAAGUAAAAGGUAAAGUUAAUUAUCGAGCUUGA